UCUUCGAUUUUUGCUUUGGAUCUCCAGGAGAGAGAGAGAGAGAUGAAGGAGGGGUCGUCGGGGGGAGGGGCGGCCGCGGGGGGCAACGAUCCGCGCCAGCCGUCGACGGCGAAGCCGUACGCGCCGCCGAAGCUGUCGCCGCAGGACCUGCCCAUCGACUACGCGGGCUUCCUCGCCGUCGUCUUCGGCGUCGUCGGCGUCAUGCUUCGCUACAAGCUGUGCUCGUGGAUCGCUAUCAUCUUCUGCGCGCAGUCAUUGGCAAACAUGAAGAACUUCGAGAAUGAUCUGAAGCAGCUCUCCAUGGCUUUCAUGUUCGCGGUUAUGGGUCUGGUGACAAACUAUUUUGGCCCCCCUCGUCCAGGCAGUACUAAGCGCUAAUCUGUGGAUGCACACCGCACUUCAUCCUUCAUAGGAUAUCUAAUCAAUCCUCCUGGUGCCUCAGUAUGUGUUAUGGCUCAGUGCUGACAUUUAUGUAUGCUCAAUUUGAGCAGGCAUCAUUUGUACAACAUCAAUUAAUGGACCGGUACAUGCAUGAUGCUCAAUAAGUUAUUUGUGCAGCACUUGUUCUCCUAGAUAAUAUUUUUAUUGUAGAUCCAUUGUUAUCAGCGCAUCAACUCUUGUUUUUUAUCCUUUUGUUGAUGCGAUAACUUUCAUUGUCAUGAAUGCUGGGAUAUUUUGCUUCAGAUUUA